AUGUGUAACGAUCGGGACUCUUUGGAUACGUACGGCGAUUGUGACAGUUUGGAGACGGUGCGCGGCGAAGUGGCCGUGCGGCUGGCGGUGGAGCCGGCGGCGGCGAUGCUGGGGGUGUGCUGCCCGGGCCUGCUCUACUCGUGUGCGCUGGCGGUGACCAACAAGGGCCGUGUGGCCGUGGCGCUGGCCGCCGAGCCCCCCGCCGACCUACGGAAGCACGUGCGCGUCAAGCCCGCGGCCCUGCGCCUGCGCGCCGGGGAGCGACGCCGCCUACAGCUGCAGCUGUGCGCCAGACGGUCGUUCUCCCGUGAUGCGCAGAAGUACACCUGUCAACUUUCGGGGGUGACCCAGUUUCCCGUGGAGAUCGUCCCCAUCUCCAAUUCUGCAAGCGCCCACCCCAAGCUCACGGUGCAAGUUCUGGUGGCCGUGUCGCCCCCGCAGCUGGAGGUGACGCCGGCCCUCGUGGACCUGGGCAGCGUGGUCACGUGCGAGGAGGCCGUCACGGCUCACAUUCAGCUUUCAAACCGCUCCCUCAUGAAGCAGACGUACGGCUUCUUGGGCGUAUCCGAGGAACUGAGCGUGGAGCCGGGCGGCGGUUUCGGCGACCUCCAGCCCGGAGAGGUGGCCGACUUGAUGCUGGUCUUUAGCCCGCUGGGCGGGGAGGGUCCCCGGCGUGUGGAACUCCGCGUCGACACGACGCUGGGCGCCGCGGCCUCCAGGUUCGGCUCCAGGCCGCUCUCCAAGCGCCGCCUCCGGGGCGGGGGCAAGGUGGCUGCGGCCAGCACCUACGCCUGCUCGGUCCGGAUCACGGCGGAUGUCAUUUCACCCAGACUCCAGAUCUCGGCGCACAGAGUUUCGUUUCCGCUGACACCUGUGGGAUCCCACUCCACGACCGAGUUCACUAUGACAUGUCUAGCCUCUGAGGCCCGCUUCUCCUUCAAGACCCCCGACGACCAGCUCCAAGUCAUCCCACCUGCAGGCUCUCUCCUACUCGGUCAUCGCCUGCGGGUGGUGCUGCUCUAUCUGCCAAGGGCGAGCGCACUCGCGAGCGGAGGCACCGAUGCAGACCCCGACGCAAAGACUGAGGCCCAGAUGCGCGUAAUUUGCGAGGCGGAGACGACGGUGGACGAGGGCGCUGAGUGGCGGCGCGAGUCGCUGCCCGUGCUGGCGCUGUGCCGCGCCGCGCCCGCCUCCCUGACCCCCGUGUCGCAGGCCGUCGGGUUCGGCGCGGUGGCCGCCGGCUGCACCGCCUGCCGCGUCGUGUGCUGGCUCAACGCGUCGGCGUCCUGGCUGCGUGUGCGGCCCGCCCUGAGCGCCCAGGCCCACUCCGGCGACGGCGGCGGCGACGGCCAGCAGGAGGCCUUCCGCUGGCCCACCCUGCCCGUGCUGCUGCCCCCAGGGCACGAGCUGCACCUCCCCGUCACCUUCACCCCCCUCAGCGCGCCCGGGGCCGCGCUAGAGGUGAGGCGUUGUCCGCAGUUGUAAAUUCGCGUAAAGUUAAUAUCCCAAGACCACUUCCUAUGAAGGAUACGUUUUUUAAUGGGCAGCCGUAUAGGGAGCGAAAAGACAGCGAGUUACGUAACAAUCGCCACAAUACUGUGAACCCUGCAGAGAGGAUGAUAGAUAACUAAGUUCCGAAUUAUGUCGGUCGAAUGUCGGUCGAAUGUCGGUACUCCAAGAUCAGAUGGCCACGUGGCACCUGCGCCGCCAAAAUGUGUUCUUAUUUUUUUUUGUACAUUCGAGCGCACUGCUCAAAACAAUGAAGUGCACGAAAAAUGUCGAAAAAUUAGGUACACAUUUGUGUGGGUGCGUCAUUUAUUAUGUUAGAUGCUAGCGGUACCGUCGUCGCGCCGACACAGGCACCUAGCCCGCCAACUAGUUGCCGGGUGACAGGCGCCCUACGCUCACCCCGCGGUGGAGCGAUCAGGCGGAGCAGGCUGAGGUGCGCGAGGGCGCCGCCGACACCUCCACGAUGAAGCCGCGCGCCCACCGCGAGCCACGAAAGAACCCGCGCCCGCCCCAGACCUCCGAGAUGGUCUUGAGCGCCGUGCGCGAGCUCGCGGGGGCUGCGGCGGCGGAGACGGCGGCGUCCUCGGGCUCCCCGGCGGUGCAGGGGGCGCGGCCCCGGGACGUAGUGCGCUACAUACGGCGCGAGUACAACGUGCGGGCGGCCUGGGUCAAGCGCGACGUGAACAACGCUCUGCGCUGGGGCGUGGAGUACGGGCUCCUGACGAAGCCGCAGUGGGGCGUGUACCUGCCCGCGCCCGCGUCGCCCGCCGAGCUCAGCCAACAGGCACGGCGCGAGAGUAUGCUGCGCCGCGCCGUGGAGGGCUUCCGAGAAGCAGGCCUCCUGGCACGCCUCAACCACAUCGGCAUGAACCCGGACCCAAACCACGACGACGCGGCGGACGAGCCCACCUUCGGCGACGAUGAGGCGGACGAGCCAACCUUCGGCGACGAUGAGGCGGACGAGCCCCACCCCGAUGAGGAGGGCAACUGCUAGGCAGUGACGAGGCGGUCGGUCGUGGCGGUGAACGGCGGCCCUGGAGCCCCCAGGGGAAGCUGGGGGUGACGGAGGCCUUCUGGACCCGCAGGCGUCCGGCGUCAUGGAGUUGCAGUACCUCGCGGCGGAGGCUCCCUGGUCGGGGUCGGGCGGCCGCGCGGCCCCGGCUGCGGAGGUGGCGCCAGGGGUGGCCGCCGCGCACCUGUCGGGGACCGUGGUGGACGCCCAGUACUGCAUCGUCCCCGACGCCGCGGUGGUCCGCCUGACCGCGAGGCGCCGCGUCCGCCGCAAGCCCGACAGCGCCGACUCCCCCGACAGGAUCAUCUUUGAGGUGAAUGCGACGGGCCUCGGCCAAUGCUCGCUUGGGCCCCGCUGAGAACCUCGUCCAACCCCAUUUCUUGCAGAUCCGGAACACCUGCACCGCGCCCCUCGACCUGGCGGUGGCCGACCUGCGCGUUUUCGACUUGGGCCUUCGAUCACCCCGAGCGUCCCGGGAAACUGCAGACGCAGUGGCCGACGGCGCGUCCGCGCGCACGGAUGUGGCCGACGUGGCCAAGGUGUCCAAGACCAUGACCGACGCUGAGCGGGCUCUCCUCAAGCAGUGCGCUGCUUCCACUCGAGUGGAUGGCGCCUGCCCCUUCCAAGUCCGCCCGGAGCCCGAAAGAGUAACGACCGUGGCAGCAGGAGCCCAGAUGUCGUUCUCUGUACGAUUCGUGCCGCCCAUCUUUGCCAGGCAGUACAUCGCCACCUUCGAGCUGCGCCUGGGCAACGGCAGCACCGCCAAAGGUAUUCGGACGUUCACAUGUUUCGGGAAUUCCAGCCCGGAACUUGUGCAAAAGAACAAACCACCAGACGUCCAGCACUAACAAUUAUAAUUGCAAGUGACACUGUUCAGGGGUUAAUUAUCUUAUCUGAAGAGUUACUUGUUGAUCUCUCACAAAUAAAUGCUCUAGAAAAUGUUAUAAUGAAUAAUUUAUUACAAAUGUACGCUAUUUACAUUGAUUAGGAUACCAAAAAUAAAACAUGAUUUUCAUCUCA